AUGCACCUCAUUGCCAAUGAACUCAGGGAGGAUCUUGGUAGGUCGAAAGGACGUGAAACGCAGUUGGUGUUGGAGAACCAGAAACUAAGGGAGGAACGCGAUGCUGAGCGAGAGGACAAGGCUCGGGUCAUUGCAGAGUUCGAAGCAUACAAGAGGUCGGUUGAGGCCAGGAAAGCCGCUGCAGACAACCCUGCAGAGGUCGACGGAUCGUCGAAGGGCGCUAGGUCAAUCUACGUCAUGGGCGGCAAGUCUGUGAGCGAUGUCUUUGCAGAGUUCGACCGGGAUCCAAACAAGAACAACAGCUUCUUCACCGCAUAUGCCCGGUUCGCGCCUAAAGGUGUGGCCCAGAUGUCCGAGUCUGCAUGUGAGCGGAAGAUGCGUCGCGUGCAGCUUGUCAUGGAAGCCGUGGAGACAUUCAGAGAAGACAGUUCCGAGGCGGCGACCGCAGCGGCUGUUAAGCGGCUCGACGAUGUGCGCCUCUUAUGCAACUUCACGGAGUUCACCAACAGUCUGGCGGUGCUGCGUGAGACUCGCGCCAACAAGAAACAGAAAACCGGGUCGUCGACCGAAAAGAAGACCGGGAACGACGUGGCGCAACGCAGAGUGAGCUGGCUGAUAGUAAAAAUGGGGCUGUGCGACGAAGCGUGGGGAACAGCGCUCUUUGGGGAUGAUGAGUGGGGGGUGAUCAACAAGGAAGAGCUAGCGAAGGAGAAGGCGGAAGAGGAGAAAAAACGAGCUGCAGAGGUGAAGAAGGCGGAACGGGAAAAGGCAAAGGCGGCUGCUUCGAAACGUUAG